AUGAAGUAUAAAACUGGAGCAGAGAAUAAACCAUUCCUUCGAGACGUCGAAUCUCCAUCCGACAAUCCGUCGAAUCCGUUUCAUUUCAGAAAAAAUGAGUAUUUUGGAAAUGAAAAACCGAUUGCAAAAAAGGAAUCUUGGCACAAAGUUCUCAAUAAUCGUCUUCGGCAUUACACAGUUUUAGAGGCGUUUCUUUUCGUUUUUCUCGUUAUACUUCUGUUCAAGAUUUACAGUCUUCAAUCUCAAAUUGACACACUCGAGAGGAAACUUGAUUCGAAAAAACAUGCUGAAAGUCAUCUGAUGAAAACAAAAGAAAUCUUGGAAGAGAAGAAAGUGAUUCAUGAAAUUGUGCAGAAUGUGAUCAACCCUUCAUCUCCUUUUCCGAAAGAAAAAGAAGGAAAAGUGAAAUUGAAUUCAGAAUUCAAUGCAGCAAGUCUUGUACUCGGUGCAUCAAUUGAAACAAGACAAUCAUCUCAUUCAGUUUCCCCUGGAAAUUCAUAUUUCGAUAUUGUUUCAUUUGCAUUGGGAUCAGAUCAAAGUGAAUUUUCACUGCUGGAUCGAGUGGAACUACCAGUGGAUAAAGCAUGGUGUACAGAUGAUAAGAAGCCAGUGUUGACAGUCAAUUUGGCUGAUUAUAUCAAACCAAUUUCUGUUUCAUAUCAACAUUCGAAAUGGAAUAGAACUGUGCCAAAUGUGGCACCAAAGUUAUAUGAUGUUGUGUCUUGCAUUGACGGGGAUUGCAAUCAACACGAACCACUUGUAUCCAAUUGUGAAUACUCAAAAUCUGGAAAUCAAGAGCAAAAAUGUUUGAUCUCCACUGGUCUCCCACUUGUCAACAAAAUACAAUUUCGAUUCCAUGAGAACCAUGGAAACUUGAAUAAGACAUGUGUGUAUCUUGUUCGUGUUUAUGGAGAGCCAAGUAGAUCAAAAGAAGUUAAAAUUCAAGUCAAAAGUCAAAAAGAAGAAGAAGAAACUGCAAAGAUAUGCUCUCGAUUGGCAUGGUUCCAUGACAAUAUCCCGGUAUUUUAUAAUGGAUUGGCAUCCAAAAACUGUUCAACACUCUACUCGAAUGAUUGUUGCCGUGAAUGCCCGAAUUGUUGUUCGGAAUGUCAGAUAAACGACUCGACACUCCUCAAUAACCUUCAGUUUUUCAUCAUUUUCUUUGUUCUUUUUUUCAUUCUCUUUCCAAUGUAUAUAGCAGGAAUAUCUGCAUGUUGUUUCGGUUUGAAACGAUUUUUUGGAAUCUGA